AAUAUUGUAUAAUCAUGAAUGAAUUUUAUAUGGAUAUUAUUGAAAAACAUAUAUAUUAUGAUUGCAAUGAUUUAAAUGAUAACUUGUAAUCUUAAGUCAAAAAUAAUAAAAUGGAAUCUAUUAGUAAAAUACCAUCCUUCGGGGAUAACACUUUAUCUGCCUGUAUUCAGGCUGAAAUGAAAAAUACAAAUAGUAUUGAUGAUGAUAGUGAUAUGCAGGCACAUAUCAAAAAUAGUAUUUUUAGUUCUAAGGUAGCUAAUAAUGCAAUGGGUAUUAAAUCCACCUGGAAUCAGAAUACUUCAAAAUGUAAAGAAUUAAAAACAAAAAAUGCAACAAGAUUAAAAGUUAAUAGCAAAACUACUGCAUCCACAAGAUCAAGAAUUAAAACAGUUACUUCUUUGAAAAGUAAUUGUAGUUCAUCAAAGGAUGGUAAAGAAAACACAAACAUUAAUUGUUCAAAAAGUGAUAUUUCUUUAAAUUCAAAUACAUUAUUAAAACAAUGUAAUAAAUCUGAAUUGUCGAUUUUGCAUGUUACUAGCAAUAGUAUUAAAAUUAGUGCUUUAUCUAAAACAAUAAAUAAUACAACCAAUGUAAAAUUAUCUAAUAGUGGCACUAUAACAAAUAACGAAGAGAAAUCUUCAAUAGUAAUUCCUUCUACUUCUGCUAUUAAUACUCAAGAUAGGUACAAGUUAGCUUCUUGGGGUUUACCACCAAAUAUACUUCGGAAAUAUGAAUCACGAGGAAUAACAACUAUGUUUCCUUGGCAAGUGGAAUGUUUAUCAAAUCAUAAAGUCAUUGAAGAGCAAUGCAAUCUUGUGUAUUCUGCCCCAACAUCAGCUGGAAAAACCUUAGUAGCAGAAAUUCUGAUGAUAAAAACAAUAUUAGAAAGACACAAAAAAGCAAUUUUUAUCUUGCCAUUUGUUUCUGUUGUUAGAGAAAAAAUGUAUUAUUUUCAAGAUUUACUGUCUGACAGUGGAAUUUGUGUACAAGGAUUUAUGGGUGGUAUUGCUCCACGUGGAGGAUUUGCUGCUACUCAUGUUGCAAUAGCAACAAUUGAAAAAGCAAACUCCUUAAUAAAUCGUCUAAUGGAAGAAAAUGAACUAGUCAAUUUAGGAGCUGUAGUGAUAGAUGAAUUGCAUCUUGUUGGUGAUCCAAAUCGUGGUUACCUACUUGAAUUACUAUUAACUAAAUUGAAAUAUAUGACAAUUAGGAAUGAAAAUAUUAAUGUACAAUUGAUUGGUAUGUCUGCUACACUUCCAAAUCUAUCUCUUUUAGCUGAUUGGUUAAAUGCUGAACUGUACAAAACGGAAUUCAGACCUGUACCUCUAAAUGAACAAUGCAAAAUGGGGAAAAAUAUUUAUGACAAUGAAUUACAUUUAAUCAGAACUCUGAUACCAAUACCAGAAUUAACUGCGGAUUCCGGAGAUAUUCUUCAUUUAUGUAUUGAAACAAUAUCUGAUGGACAUAGUAUAUUGAUUUUUUGUCCAACAAAAAAUUGGUGUGAAAAACUAGCUGAACAUAUAGCUUCUAUGUUUUAUAAAUUAGGCAAAGAAGAUACAAAACUCGCAGAAAUUUUACGGCAUCAAUUGGAUUCUACAUUAAUCUCUGAAACGUUGGAACAAUUAAGACGAAGUCCAAUAGGUUUAGAUAACAUAUUAAAAAAUACAGUUUCAUUUGGAACAGCUUUUCAUCAUGCUGGUCUUACAAUGGAUGAACGUGAUAUUAUAGAAGGAGCUUUUAGAUCAGGAUCUUUAAGAGUUCUUGUUGCAACAUCAACUUUAAGUAGCGGAGUAAAUUUACCAGCAAGACGAGUAAUUAUCAGAUCACCAAUAUUUAAUGGGAAAGUAUUAGAUAGCCUUACCUAUAGGCAAAUGAUAGGACGUGCAGGUAGAAUGGGAAAAGAUACAGCAGGAGAAAGUAUAUUAAUUUGUGAAUCACAUGAACAGAAAGCAGCCAAAGCAUUAUUAUCAGCUGCUUUAAAACCAAUUGAGUCCUGUCUUGAAAAUUCAGGCCCCUUAAUUAGAGCUCUUUUGGAAGCUAUAGCUAGUGAAGUUGUAUACACGCCAUCGGAUCUUGAAUUAUACACUAAAUGUACUUUAAUAAGUAUGGAUAGUGAACAUGACUCAAAAGAUCCUUCAAAUGAAGCUAUCAAAUUUUUAAUAGAUAAUGAAUUUUUAUUACUACAAAACACAGAAGACGGACAUAGAUGGGUAGCUACAGCUUUUGGAAAAGCAUGUUUAGCAGCUUCGAUACCACCUAGAGAGGGUUUGUUCUUACUUGAAGAACUUCAGAAAGCAAGACGAUGUUUUGUUUUGGAUACUGAAUUACAUGUAGUGUAUUUAGUAACACCUGUUAACUCUGGAAGUCAAAUUGGAGCAAUCGACUGGAUGACUUUUCUAGAAUUGUGGAAAAUGUUAUCAGAAAGUGAACGCAGAGUUGGACAACUUGUUGGUGUAGAAGAGAGAUUCUUAACAUCAGCUAUUAAGGGGAUAGUGCGACCAGGAAAAUCACUUAAUAUACAUAGAAGAUUUUAUACUGCAUUAGCUUUACAUGAUUUGGUACGAGAAAUGCCUCUUGGUACAGUUUGUAAAAAAUACGGUUGUUGCCGUGGAGUUCUUCAAAGUUUACAACAGUCUGCUUCUACAUUUGCCGGAAUGGUCACGCAAUUCUGUAAACAGUUAGGCUGGGACUGCAUGGAGUUAUUAGUAUCGCAAUUCCAGGCUCGUUUACAAUUUGGUGUCUGUAGAGAAUUAUUAGACUUAUUACGCCUUCCAAUGUUAAAUGGAUUACGUGCUAGAAGUCUUUAUAAACAAGGAAUUACCUGUGUCGCAGAUUUAGCUGUUGCUAAUGAACUUGAUGUUGAACGUGCACUUUAUAAAGCACUUCCUUUUGAAAGUGGAAAAGAACACGAUGGUGAAGAUGAAUCAGAAGCUAUAAAACGAAAUAAAAUGAGAACAGUAUUUGUUACUGGAAGAGAUGGCUUAACGCCUCAUGAAGCAGCAGUUAUGCUAGUGCAAGAAGCUAGAGCACUAGUUAGGAACGAACUGAAAUUGCAAGAUAUGUCAUGGAAGCAGAAUGAAGAAUCUAUUUUUACUAAUGAAUCUCGUUCAAAAACAAAUAUGCAACAGAAUAAUUUUCAGACUACAACAAAUGCAAGCAUACGUGCAAAAACUGAAACUUCUGCACAUAAUAAUUCUGAAAUAAAAAUUCAUUCGAGUGAAAAACUACUUGCAAAGGAAGAAAAACAAAAUUUAUGUUCAUUCACUAGUAAGAGUCUUGAAUGUAUUAACGAAGAAGAUACUUUGCACGAAUCGUGUAGAAUUAAACGAUCCGAUACAGAUAUAGAUGUCGUUAAUGAAAUUGAAAAUGUUAAAGAUUCUAAAUGUAACGUAGAAAAUGUAAUGCAAGAAAGUAAUAAUAUCAAACUUACCGAUCAAUUAUUGCAAAUAGAUAUUCCAGAACUGUUUAAUUCUUCAAAUGGAAAACUUUCUUUUGAUUUUUUUGAAUCUAGUAGCCCUAAACUACUACAUGAAAUUAAACAAAGACAAAGUGAUGAAUCACUAAUUAGCUUCAAGGGUAUUAAAAAAAAUUGUACUCAAAAUAUUACCCUUAAAAAUUCGCUAGACAACGGACAAAAAACUCAAAAUAAAAGUGAGGUACCUAGUAAAAAAAUUAGAACUUCGGAUAAAACAGAUUCCACAACACCAGUUUGUGUAAAUGCAAUGACUCGUAUGUCAAGUUUAGAGAAUAAUACAAAAUCAGCAAUUUCAAGAAGUCCCAGUUUAUUUGAUGAUAGUUUGAAUCUUGAUUCACAAAUGUAUAAUGUUCUUGAACAAAACAUUGUUGAUUCUUUACAUUUUUCAGAAUUUGAGGAAACUAAAUCACCUGCUCACAAAUUAGAAACAGAAAGUAAAAUAUUGACAAAUUUACAGAUUACUAAAACAUCUAAUAGCAACAUUCAAAUAAAUAAUCAUGAAACUAAUAAUUCAGUAAACUUUACAAGUUCGAAGCAUAAUAUAUUUUUUUGGAAGGACGAUUCGUGGAACGAAUCGAAAAAAGUCGCGGAAAGGAUAAAUCAAGUUCAUGUCCAAGAUGAAAAAGAGCUAUCAUUUAAACACAAUAUUAGAAAUAUAAAAAAUAUAAAUUUGAAAAAUAUAGAAACUACUGGAGUGAAUAAUUUUACACCUGAAAUGAAGAAAAAAUAUGACACGAAAUUAGAAAAUUCUGUGAAUAUUUCUAAUGAUUUAAAGAAGAUAUCUCAGAAGCGUAGAUUUAAAGAUAUUGCAGUUGCAAAAUCACCUGUGGCAAAUGUAGUUUUUAGUAAAAAUCGUGGCGGAUCAUUAGAUUCAAAUAAGUCAGAUUCAGAUGAUAUUAUUGUUGCUUCACAAAAUAUGAAUUCACCUGCUGCAAGUAUAAAAAUAAGAAGUAAAUUAGAUUCUGAACGAAAGCUAAAGUUAUGUGCUCAAAAAGCUGUUAAUUAUACACCCGUUAAUGUCAAAAAGUCAUAUACAGCAGGUGUUCCAAAAUCAAUACAAAUUGAAAAAUGCAAUAUUACCAAAAAAUUAAGUGAAAUAUUUACAAGAAAGGUAUUAACUAGUAAAGAUUGCAGCACAGAUAGUGUAAUCUCAAAUUCAGAUGAAGAUACUCCUAAAAAAUCAAUGAAAACAUUGCAGAAAUCUCAGAUAAACGUAAAAAAGACUCCCAAGAAUUCGGAAAUAUGCUUGCAAGCUAAAGAACUUGGAGGUGGCAUCAGUAAAAUGAGCAACUGGAAUACGUUAAAUAUUAUAAAAGUUGGGAGUGAUAGAAGCACAUUUAAUUUAUUUAAACGUGAAGUUAUGCAAAAACGAUAUAUUUCUUUAGCAUUGAGUUGUGAAAUGUAUAUUGACAAUGGUAAUAACAUAGGUUCUAAAAUUAUCGAUUCCGUAAAUCCUCAAAGGAAAAAGAGAACUAAAAGAAUAGAAAAUUAUGCUCAUGGAAAUAAAAAGUUGAAUGGUGUUGCUAUUGCUUGGGAAAGCAAUAUUGCAUACUAUAUUUCUUUUUUUAAUGAACAAGAUUUAAAAAUUCCAGGAAAGGAACAAAUGAAAUUACUCAAAGACAUAGUUUCUAAUACAUCGUUAUAUGUAAAGUGUUUCGCAACUAAGGAAAUAUUUAAAACUUUGUACGAAUGUUGCAGUAUUUCUGCGUCCUGCAGAUUUUUAGAUCCAAAAGUAGCAAAUUGGUUAUGUGAUAGCACUAUUCAUGAAAAGACUUUUAAUGAAAUGGUAGAGGAAUAUUUUCCACAAGGACGUUCUAUAACAAAGCAAAUAUCUGCAUGUUAUGAUAUAGGACCUGGACUAAAUAUCAAGAGUUCAAUUCCAGGAGAAUUUAGAGCAUCUGCUGAAGCUAUACUUACAUGGCAUAUAACAGAUAAACUUUUAAAUAAAUUAGGAGAAAUUCAUUCAUCAUUGCCAAAUACAUUUAAAGAUAUUGAAAUGAGAAUAAUAAUCUCACUAGCUUGUAUGGAAUUAAAUGGCUUAGGUGUAUCUUUAAAAUCAUUACAAGAUUUGUCUUCUAUUGUACGUAAAGAAAUGACAUCGUUAGAAGAACGAGCGUAUGCACUGUGUGGGAAGAAAUUCAAUUUCUCUUCGUCUAAGGAAAUUGGGAAGAUUUUAGGACUAUAUAAUGGGAAAAAAAUUAGUGUAAAUAAAGCUGUAUUAGGACAUUCUGACCAUCCUGUAUCAACUCUUAUUAUGUCAUGGCGCAAAUUGAAUGCAACUCAAACUAAGAUUAUAUAUCCACUACUAAACCUAGCUCAACACGGCUGUCGUAUUCAUGGUAACUGUGUUACCAAUACACUAACUGGUAGAAUAUCUAUGCACGAGCCAAAUUUGCAAAACAUACCAAAGGAUUUUACUUCUGAAGAUGGUAGUUUUACAAUAAGUGUUCGAAUGGCGUUUGUUCCCGCUGUAGGAAAUGUUAUAUUAUCAGCAGACUAUUGUCAACUUGAAUUAAGAAUAUUAACUCAUUUUUCAAAAGAUGAAACAUUAUGUGAUAUUAUGACUAAAUCCGGUGACAUUUUUAAAAAUAUAGCAGCCAAUUGGAAUCAUGUCUCUGAAGAUCAGGUCGAUGAUACGAUGCGUCAACAUACCAAACAAUUAUGUUAUGGAAUGAUUUAUGGUAUGGGAGUAAAAGCACUUGCUGAAAGUUUAUCUGUAGAUGAACUAAAAGCCAAAGAAUUUUUAGAAUCAUUUAUGAAUGCAUAUUCAGGUAUAUCUAAGUGGUUGGAUAAUGUCGUAGAAGAAGCUCGAAUAAAUGGAUACAUAACAACCAUUUUUGAAAGACGUAGAAUGCUGCCAGCAUUAACGAGUACAAAUACAGCAGAAAAAUCCCAAGCAGAACGUCAAGCAGUAAAUACUAAAGUUCAGGGGUCUGCAGCUGAUAUUACAAAAAAAGCAAUGGUAAAUAUCGAGGAAAGAAUAAAAUGUGAAUUUCCAACUUCAGUAGCUAUUAUGCCUACUGUUAGUCCUAUUCGCAAGUUAAGAAGUAAUAGCAGAGAAGCACAACAAAGAGGUGGUUUUUUAAUAUUACAACUUCAUGAUGAAUUAUUAUAUGAAGUAAAUAUAAAUGAUUUAAGGCAGGUAGCAACAAUUGUAAAGGAAGAAAUGGAACAAGCAUGCCAACUUAUAGUACCAUUGCCGGUAAAACUUAAAGUUGGAUCUGCAUGGGGAGAUCUUUGUGAAUAUAAUCUUUAACGUUAAUCUAUUUACUUUUCCUAUUGAUAAUAGCAAUAUUUAUACAUAUAUAGUUUUAAACAGAAAUCAUAUUAAUCAUGUUCAAUUUUUAUUACACAAAAUAUUUAUUAAAUUUUAAUAUUAUGCAUUGUAGCA